AUGAAAGGGACUUUUAAUCUGAACGAACUUGGGAGGAUCGCGCAAUAUUUGAACAAUCGCAGAGAUGUCGUCGUUUUUUAUUCGAUCAAUAAAAAGUGUGUUUUAUGCCUUUCUUUGAUGAAGGAAAACGUUUCACUCGACAACGACUUUACAAGUCAUAUUGACUACUUCUUGUUUGUCCAGCGAUUCUACCCGUCUUCGAAGUGUUUUUGUGGGCCGAUGGAUGUGCUGAAAAUUCUUCUUCCUGUUGAAUUGAAGAAUUAUGAAUCCGUCAAAGUGACUGACAUGAAACGGUUUCGGACUAUAGAUAUGUGUGUGGAGACGUUAGAGAAACUAGUGGAGUACACUGGCGAGUUUACCACCAUCAACCGUCCAUGUAAUAAUCUUAAACGAAUUACUUUAAUCCAUUUUACAGAACGCGCCAUGUGUGACUUCAAGAAAGCGAUGGCGAGAUACCCACGACUUGAGUUUGUUCGAUUGUAUGUCGACGAGAAAAUAGUUUUUCCAAAAGAAGUUCUAAAGGGCUUUUUAUUAUAUAUUCAACAAUUCAACCCCUUCAUGAAAGUCGUCUUGGACUUUGGGAAGUACAAUAAAGCCAACGACGAACUUAUAAUGUUCGUCAAAAAGAACUUCCCCCAUUUUAAUGUGGUUUAUCACACUCUUUUGACGAAGUACGAAGUCCCUUAUAAUCCCGAGACAAACCCAUUUUACUUAGACUUUUUCAAUAAUUAUGUGUAUAUGCAAAUGGUUGUGUUUCAAGGCACUUUCUUUGUGUUUCAAGACGACAAAAUGACAUCAACGGAGGAGUUUCUGAAGGACUAUUAUAUCACUGAAUUACACUCAAAUGCUACAGAAGGGAAUUAUAAAUGGAUUACGACACUCUCUUCUUUAAAAAUGCAGAAGAGAGUGUUUUCUCUGACUUUGCCAAGUACUUUGAAAACUUUAGAAAUAGGAGAGGACUUCUUGUAUUACUCGUACAACCUCCAAAACAUCGCGUUUGACUGUCAAAUUAAGAAUUUAGAGGAUUUGGCCAUCACACAUCUUCACACGCUUAAGAUGAGUCAAAAGAUCUGUCUUCCCACGACGUUGAAAGAGUUGAACAUUGAAGUCUUAGAAGACAAUUUUGUGAGUCCGUCGUCGGUUACUCUUUUAAGGAUAUCAGACGUAGCUAAUAAGCCACAGAUCACACUGAACUCAGGACUCAAAGAAUUGUUCAUCUGUCAAUUACUGGAUUUCAUCCCACAUACCGUCGAGUAUUUGUACGUCCCUUGUUUCAAUAAGAAACUAAGUUGUCCUCUUCUCUCCCUUGAAGUCGAAGUUAUGAAGAAAGGCGAUGGAAACAAGCUCCCAAGCACUUUAAAGAAUUUACUGAUCCAUUCAACUCCAAGUUUCGGACUCAGUCAGUUGACACAUUUGACACAACUCGCAGCCACCGUGUUAGUCUCAAAUUCGAUAGUCAAAGUCGACAAAUAUGAACUCCCAAAGACCAUCAAAGUCUGUAAAAUUCAUAUCAAAGGAAAUAUCUCGAAGAACAAAGAGACGGAAACAAUGGAACAAUUUACAAAGCACUUCGGUGGUAUUCGCGACUUGACAAUCACUGCAGAAUUUAAGUCGAAGAUCGAGAAGAAGCUGAUGAAGUACUUGAAUUGA